AUGUCGGCGCUAAGCGAGUACUUCAACACCACUUAUGGCUAUAAUAACAGCGCGUACGACGAGUACCAGAAUAUAUCGGACGACGAGUACUACUCGAGACUACUGGAGCUGAUCCGCAAAACGCACGACAAACCGCUGACCACCGGCCAACUGGUGCACCACAUAGUCAUCAUACUGUGCUACUCGCUGAUCAUCUUGGUCAGUCUGUGCGGCAACCUAUUGGUGGUCAAAGUAAUCGCGUUUGGCAAACGAAAAAUGCUGACCACAACCAACAUACUGAUCGCAUCCCUGGCCUUUUCCGACAUUGUUAUGACCGCGUUCAACAUACCGUUCAACGUGGCCAGGCUACUGUUAGAGUCGUGGCCAUUCGGGGCGUUCCUGUGCGUGUCGGUGCCCUUCGUACAGGUGACCUGCGUGUACGUCAGCACCUUUACCAUGACGGUCAUCGCGUUUCACAGGUGGUGGACCUUACGCCGGGCCGACGUGUCCAGGUCGUUGACUAAGUUUCAGCUCCUGGUGACCAUAGGCAGCACGUGGCUGUUGGCCGCCACGCUGGCCAUACCGCACUCGGUGUUCAAUAAGACAAUAGUGAUACCGACCAUCAAAAACAUGGUUCGGUGCGAAGUGGACUACCCGGACAUCGACUUCCGGUUCCCCUUAUGGCUGUCGGUGGAGGCGUUCACCACACAGUACUUCGUGCCGUUGAGUAUCACGAUAUGGCUGUACAUCAAGAUCGGUGUGAUUAUCAAUAAGCAGGGUAUGAUCGCCGGCCAGUCGACCGACGAACGCAAGCGCCUACAGUCCGAGGCCCGUAAGCGGCGCAUAGUUAUGCUAAUUCUGGUGGUGACUGUGUUUGCCAUUUGCUGGCUUCCGCUGAAUUUAUAUCACUUAUUAGUGGACUUUGAGCUCAUUUCACGACAUUAUAACAUAUUCCUUGUGUGCCAUUGGUUUGCCAUGUCGUCCGUGUGUUACAACCCAUUCAUUUACUGCUACCUAAACAAUAGCUUCAAAAAUGGUGCGAAAAAAUUUUAUCACUUUAUUCUGUGCCGAAAGCCGUCACCGGACUCGACGGUAGUCAACGACAACGGCACUCAACGGCAACUGAGGCGCCAGAAUACCGACGCCGUCGCCAACACCGGCGAUGAGAGUCCCAGCACUCGGAUCCGAGACGACUGUAAAACAAAAGUGACAAAUGUUGACACAACUAAGAGCUUGGAUUAAAUUCAAUGGGGAAUGGGAUGUGUUCGACAAAUUGAGAACAAAAUUUCUACAUUUCUAUGUGUACUACCUGGGCUGUUUAUGUGUGUGUGUUUAAUAGUAUAUA